CGAUAUUUGUGGUCGGCCAUUGCUAGAGUAUAAAGAUGGCGAUGACCGUCUGUACAUCCGCAUCUACAUCAGCAUCAGCUCGUGAAUUGCAAACGUGCAUCACAAGAUGAAGUGCGCAAUUAGUCUCGUCGCUCUCGGCCUCGCCGCGACAGCACAAGCAGCUUACUACGAGUACACCACGGUACCGGGGUAUUUCCUCCAAGACGAGGCCAGCACCGACCCCUCAACUUUUGACUACACAGCCAACAACUUCGGCCUGAUCGACCGCACCUACGACACGGACAAUGAGAACACCAAACUCACGCAAUGGCAACGCUUCUACAACCACAUCCACUCGCUGAACAAGCACGCCCCCAUAAGACAGAAUACAAGUCGUUAUGGUACUCCUGCUUGGAAUUGCUACUGGUCCCUCCUAGACGGCAACGGCACCGUAACCUGGUCCGACGCAGACCUCACCCCCUCCGGAAUCGCGCAAGCCCAAACCGCCCACGACUUCUGGGCUUCCCUGAUUGCCAGAGACGGAAUGCAUACGCCCGACGCGUACUUCGUCAGUCCGCUGACGCGCGCUCUGCGGACGGCGAAUAUCACGUUCUCGGACCUAGCCUUACCCAAGGGGGAGGCUGCGGCGUUCCGGCCGCUGGUUAUGGAGGGGCUGCGCGAGGGGAUCAGUCUGCAUACGUGUGAUCAUCGCCGGAGUAGGUCUUAUAUUACGGGGUUGUUCCCCGGGUGGGAGAUUGAGGAGGGGUUUAGCGAGGAGGACGAGUUGUGGAAUGGGGUUACGGGCGAGACGAGCGCGGCGCAGGAUGUGCGGAGUAAGAGUGCGCUGGAUGAGAUGUUUGAGCGGACGGAUCCCAAGGCCUUGUUUGUGAGUGUGACGGCGCACUCGGGCGAGAUUGCCAGUCUGCUGCGGGUGCUUGGGCAUCGGGCGUUUUCGCUCAAGACCGGCGCGGUGAUCCCUGUGUUGGUCAAGGCGAAGAAGUCCUCGAAUAAGUGUGCGCCUGAACCGACCACGGUCUCCUGGACUACUUCGGCGCAUUGUACGGCGCCGCCGGUUACGUCGGUUACGGCGUGUGUGUGUGCGUCGUCUGCGGCGCCGGUCACCACGCCUUUGGCCACGGGGUUUCAACUAAAUUAGGAGUGAUGAUCGGUGACUACAAGGGAUGAGAUGUAAUAUGUUAAUCAAUGUAAUUGCUAC